AUGAGGGUCUCCGCUGCCCUAACAGGCUGGGCUUGUGCCUCCCUCUGCCUGACUUCCAGCUAGUCUGCCCUUUCCCACGGUGCCAGCUCGGCAGCCUGUGAGGACAUGUGGCCCAAACACAUUGAAGCCCAGCCUCAGAACUCCAGGACCCACCACAUCACCAUUCCCACCAGCAGGCCUCCCUACUCACCGGGUGAUCCUGUUGCGGUGACAGUGAGGAACAGUCGUGAUUUCAUGGGAUUCCUACUUCAGGCUCCAAGAGUGUCCAAUCAUCAAAUAGCUGGCACUAUCGUUUUCCUUCCUCCUCAUUCCAAACUGAUGACUUAUUCUGAAGAGGCUGACACAGUCACCCACUCUGACAAGUCCCGGAAGAGAAACCUGUCCUUCGAGGGGAAGGCCCCCGCCCAGCCGGCGGGAGACAUGAGAUUCCUUUUAUCAGUAGUCCAGUCAUAUUUCGUAUACUGGGCAAGGACUGAAUCGUCUAUUCUGUCUCAACAGAUACACAGCAGAGCCCAUUUUGAUGGCCGCCUGGAAAAUGCUCUCAUGCUAUCUGUGGUGUCUUUGGGCCUCUGUUUAACUCCCAGUCUCGCCAUCACUCUUCCACAGCAGCAUGCAGAUACCUUGGCUGUUGCCCUCACUGGAGCUGCAGACGAGGACAGCGUAGAUCCUGUUCCUGCCAGUACUGGGGUAUCAGAGUUUCCUGGGGGUGCAGAGACACUGUUCCAACCAUCUUCACACGUAGCAACUGCAGUCAGCAAUGGCCAGCCACCCAGCGGGGACAGCAACCUUACCCUAGAGCCCUCCCUGGAUGUCCAUGGGCUGGAGAGGCUCAUGGACCUCAGGCGGUUCUUCUCGUAGGGCUUUGCUCCCGGCCCUAGCAUCUACCACAGGACUCAGGAUGAUGCAAGCUUUGGUUCAUUAGAAACUUGCCUGCCCUUGGAUAUGGAUAAACAGGACAAGACAGAGGCCUUUAACAGGACUGUGAUGAGGUCUUCUCUGCACACUGCCCGUCGGACCUAUCCUCGGCACCUCUGGUCCUGUGAGGCACUUGCUGGGAUUGGGGCUGGGGGAGACAAGCCAACCCCUGUCUUCCACAACUCUGCCACUCCCAGACCACCCACUGCAUCAAGGCCCUCUGCUAGCUUCUUGCCUCAGUCAAAGCACAAGGAGCCCAGCGUAGAGAAGAGAAAUGGAGAGGGUGGAGUGAAUUACCCUAGGAAAACCAACCCCAGGCUUGAGGCUGGGCAAGAGAGAGCCAGUGCCCUUUUGGGGAUGCAGCUCGAGAAUCCCCAGCUGGGAAUCCUGCUUUGCCUUUCAGCCACCUUGGGCGUGGUUUUGGCCGCUGGCCUUUGCUACCUUCACACCCAGUAUGAUUGCCACAAGUGGAGGGUGAUGUCCUUCCGUGAGCUUGCCCGGGAUGCUGUUGUGAAUGGCGAGAGUGAGACUGUGCAUGUCAGGCGGAUCGGGGAGAACAGCUUUGUUUUGGCUGGAGCGGAAUACAACUGGAUCACUCCCUCUGUGGGUCGCAAGAAAACAGUCCUCUGA